AUGUCAAUGUCCCUUGUACCGCAUACUCUCGAUAUCAUAUUGCCUCUCAACGAAUCCCGUCCCGUAUUACCGCCAUAUCGAGGAUACUACUUUGUAGAUAUCCGAGAACAUUUUUUUCAAAUAUUCUGGCAUGCCAUUGUGGCCUGGGAAAUUGUUAUAGCCGGUAUAAUUGCCCACGAUUGCUUGUUUGUAACGUAUGUCGAACAUGUUUGUAGCAAAUUUGCUAUAACUGGAUAUGCACAACUUCUCGAAGAUACAUUUACCAUACCUUUUGCUGUGCAGAUACUAAUAGUAACAAUAGGGAUGAGCAUUACUUUGCUGCAAAUUACGCAGGAUAAAAGCGAUAUCUUAGAAGCAACAAGGUACAUGUUCUAUAUUGUUGGCCAACUGAUUCAUUUGUUUUUUCUUUGCUUCGAAGGACAAAGGUUGAUAGAUCACAGCCUUCAGACACGUAAUAAGAUGUAUAACAGUUUCUGGUAUAAAGCAUCCGUGAAAUUUCAAAAGAUAAUCAUGCUAGUGAUGAUGAAAAGUCUUCAUCCGAGUUUCUUAAGCGCCGGAAAAGUUUACAUUUUCUCUCUACAGAGCUUCACUAUGGUUCUACAAACCUCGAUGUCGUACUUUACGGUACUCGCGUCCUUUCAUCAAUAA